AUGUCAAGGAUGGAAGAGGACGACGAUGUCGUCAUGUGCGACACGCCUCCUUCCACCGUCAUCCCCAUCGGAUCCCGCCGUCCCUUGAGUCCCAGCGCAGAGAAACCUCCCAGUCCGCUAGAGCUGAACGGCACAACAGCACCGGCGCCGGAGCCACCGGCAACAGUGGAAGCCCAUGCACCACACUCGCCUCAUGGGAAUGCGCCGUCAUUGAUGCAGCUGUUCCUGCAGAAAUUCUCCACACAGCUGGACAAGACGGCAACCAAUCCGUCGGAAAACAAAUCGCAGCACGACCUCAAGUACGAUCUCGACGAUGACAGCCUUGUCGAGGAUGACUCGGACUGGCCUAACGACAACGUCGAGGCUACCAGGGGCUUGCCCCUGGCGUCGCUGGCGACGGGACUCUGCUACGACAUACGCAUGCGCUAUCACUGUGAAGUCAAGCCGACCCUGGAUGUUCAUCCGGAAGACCCAAGGCGCAUUUAUUACAUCUACAAGGAGCUUUGCAAGGCUGGGCUUGUGGAUGAUCCUGAGUCAUCGCGACCGCUAGUUCCCCAGCCUCUACAGCGCAUAGACGCGAGAGAAGCGACUGAGGAGGAGAUAUCGUUGGUGCAUGAUGCGGAGCAUUAUGAUUUUGUGCAAAGUACAAAGUUCAUGCUUGAGGAGGAGUUAAUUGCUCUCGAGCACACGCGGGAUUCUAUUUAUUUCAAUUCCCUCACUUUUACAUCUGCUGUUCUCUCAUGCGGUGGUGCCAUUGAGACCUGUAUGGCUGUCGUGAAUCGGCAGGUGAAGAAUGCUAUUGCGGUCAUAAGACCUCCAGGACAUCAUGCGGAGAGAAACAAGACAAUGGGGUUCUGCUUGUUUAAUAAUGUUUGUGUUGCAGCGAAGGUGUGUCAGAAGGAAUUCGGGGAUAAGUGCCGGAAGAUAUUGAUUUUGGACUGGUACGAAAACGGGUUAGGAAACGGUAUCCAAAAGGCCUUUUAUGAUGACCCAAACAUCCUUUAUAUAUCCAUCCACGUGUAUAGAGACGGUUCCUUCUAUCCAGGUGGUGAAGGGGGUAAUUGGGACCGUUGUGGAGCGGGAAGCGGGCUGGGAAAGAAUAUCAACAUCCCUUGGCCAACACAGGGCAUGGGCGAUGGCGACUACAUGUAUGCCUUCCAGGAGGUCGUGAUGCCAAUCGCUUAUGAAUUUGAUCCGGAUCUGGUGAUCAUAUCUGCUGGUUUUGAUGCGGCUGCUGGCGACGAGCUGGGAGGAUGCUUCGUUACCCCUCCCUGCUACGCCCAUAUGACCCGCAUGCUGAUGAAUUUGGCCGGGGGUAAAGUUGCUGUUUGUUUAGAGGGGGGGUAUAAUUUCAGAUCAAUAUCCAAGUCUGCACUUGCUGUAACAAGGACGUUGAUGGGUGAACCGCCUGACCGUCUCUAUGCGUCAUCCGCUUCCCGACAGGCUGUGAAUACCGUUAAACGUGUCGCGAUGAUCCAGUCUGCAUACUGGAAUUGCAUGUAUCCGAAAGAUAUUAUACGCCAGUACCAAGCGAAACAGCUGUACGACAGCUGCAAGCUCACUAGCCUCUUCAUAUACAGAGAUACCAUAUCCAAGUCGUUUGAGCAUCAAGUACUUGCAAGUCAAAAUUACGACAAAGAAAACCCGCUCUUGGUUAUCUUCCACGAUCCACCCGAACUCAUGGGCAUCCCACACCCUGUCACUAAUGUAUUAGAACCGCAUAAUUGCUGGCUUAAAUCAGUGAACUAUCAAGACGAAGACCGCAUGCGUAUGCAAAUGAGCGACCAGCUUGCUACAUACCUUUGGGAAAACUAUAUCGAGUGCGUAUCUGCCCUGCUUUGCACUGGCAUUCGCUCUCUUCUUACUUCGUGCAAGCUAAUUAAAAUCUCCCAUUCCCCGUUAAAACUCGUAUACAACAGACCCAACGACGCCACAAGCAUCUUCUUCCUCGGAGUCGGCAAUGCGUACUUCGGCCUAGCAAACCUUCUAGUGACCACAGGCACAGCGAGUCCACCAGCGCGUCAGUGGGGUCAUCUCCUUCGUGGCCGAAAGCCCCGUCCGCGCCGUCUCAAGCAACACCACCACCUGGCUAUCGAAGUGAACUCCCUCGUCUUCGUCUCGCACCUGCACGGCGUCUGGGCCGGGCCGGAGAACAGCCGUAAGCUCUCGAAGCGGUAUGGUCGCCUCAUCCCCUCCAUGAAUGUUGGGCUGAAUGAGAUGCUUAAUGCACACAAGGAGGAUGUGAUUAAGUUUAUAACGGAUCGGCUGGAAGAGGAUGAAGAGGACGAUGAGGCCGGCGGGGACAGCUAG